UGUUGCUCGAACUAUUAAAAGAAUAUUGAGGAAGAAAAAUUCUUGAAGGGCCCAAGGGUAACGUUUGGUAAGUGGGAUGAUCCUGGACUUCUGGGGUUCAAGCCCUAAAAGCAAACAACCGCAUCAUUUCACUUACUAGUACUUGCAGCGGUCUGUUCAGGCUUGUCGUGCGGGGUGGAUGCCGGGUUUGAAUGGAGGAAAGCUGUUUGAGCCAAAGCAUUAGCUCGUCUUUGAUACCAACUCCAUCUUAUGGCUCAACCGAGGACACCGAUCACAAACUGCAGACUGAGAGACCGGAAGGGGACAGCCAUGACCAGCACGUUACUGCGUGUACGCUCACUACGUCUACUUCCGGAGGUGGUACACAUAGCGGCACUCCGCAUCACGAUUAUCACGUAGCUUCAGCGGCAGUGCGCGGUAAUGUCACUGCAGACAACAACAGCAGCAGCACUGGCUGUAGCACUCCAUCAGCAAGCUAUUCGGCUGCACUUGGUCUGUCCAGAGUGCGGAAGAGAGUGAUAUUUGUCUGUCUGGCACUGAACAGCACAUUUACGAUGGCUUGUAUAGCUGUGAUGAUUCCGUUCUUUCCACGCGAUGCGUCCAAGAAAGACCCCAGUGGUCAGGAUGCUGUUGGUGGUGCCUCUGCCAUUGGGCUGGUGUUCAGCAUCACGCCGUUUACAGAGUUUCUGGCCGCACCAUUCGUAGGCAAGCUGAUACCCCAGGCUGGGCCUAAGCUGGUGCUGCUGCUGGGGGGAGUCCUGGUCAGCGGUGUGAUGGUGCUAUUUGGCUUUGUGAAUGACAUUGAUGAGUGGUCGGACUUCUUGAUCAUAUGCUACGCGCUGCGCGGUGUCCAGGGCGUCGCAACGGCGUUCAAUGCCACUGCUGCGUUUGCUGUCCUGGUCGGCCUGUUUCCGGACAAUGUGAGCCUUGUGUCGGGUGUGAUACGCGCAUCGCAGGGCUUUGGCUUCACCGUAGGUCCAGCCAUGGCCGGUGCACUCUAUGACUAUGGUGGUUUCAUGCUGCCGUUUCUUGUACACGGCAGUGUGAUGUUUGCUGGAACGAUCUGGGUCCUGUUUGCACUGCCGGGUGAUGUUGAGGUGGCUACUAGUAAGAAAGGCAAGAAGAUGUUCAGUGACAUACUAACUAUGCCCUGGUCUCUACUCUGGCUCACAAGUAUAUUUGUGUGGGGCUCGGGAAUUGGCAUGAUCGAGCCAACGCUAUCGUUAUUUCUGGAGGAACACUUUGGGCUGAGUGCAUCAAAAGUGGGUCUUAUAUUUCUCUUGUACGCUGGCACAUUAGCAGUGUCAUCGCCCGUCGUUGGGUACGUCGCUGACAACUACAUAGCCCCACAUUGGUUUCAGCCACUAGGCAUGGCUUUAGGCGUGCUGGGGUUCGCUUUAGUCGGCCCCUGGUCUGGCUUGUCUCUAGUGCCGGCUGUGUGGCGCACAAUAGUAUCACUGGUCUGCAUAGGCAUCGGUGCGGGUAUCAUCAGCACGUGUGUAACUCCUGGUGUGCUGAAAGCCAUGCACCAGGCUGGUUACAAAGACACACUGGAACUGCACAGCAGUCUCGGCGGUAUGAUCACAGCCUUCUUCUCCUCGGGACUGGCGCUGGGCCCGACUGUUGGCAGCAUUGCUGCGGCCGCAAUUGGUUUCCCCAAUGCAGCAGCGACAUUCGCGCUGCCCUUCCUUGCAGCUGGUGGUGCUGGUGGUUUGCUGAAAUGUUGGAACAAGAUUGCUCAUGCAUGGCAACGGCGACAAUGCACAGACGAACAUGUAGUACUCAUAUCAGAGCAAAGCCGGGUUUCAUCCGAUCAUUCUUGUCCAAAUCAGCAGCCACCUGAAGAUAGGUAACAGCAGGACUAUAAAAUAAAUAUGACUUUAAAAUAUUGCGAUACCUCGAUAGCUCCCCUACGCAAUAAAUACACUCCUUGUUCUGUGUUUUACCUGGAUAGCAUUAUCUAACUUUCCAACGGCGCUUCGUAAGAUCAUUUUCCAAAUUGUAUUCACCGCUGUCCAGUGCCAACAACACUCACAUAUACCCCCGGGGUCGUACUUGCGAUUUGGACCGGAUUUAAUUCCUAAUUAUUAUCAGAAUUUCAAAAACACUGAGCAAAGGAUCUUUGACUGCGACACCCAGCAAAAGCUAGAUUUGCAAUAUUAUCUGAAAUAGAAUAAUUCAAUCGAUCAUACUCUUCUAAUCUCAGGCUUGGCCUCGGUUCCAGGCUUAAUUAUUAUGAUACGAACCGUGACAGUGCUUCUCCCUGACGAUGGGCACACAGUGUUGCGCCCUGAUGAAAAUCCAUGCCCAAAACUUAUGGCGCCCAUUUGGCUUCUCGAAUCUUCGCACUGGGAAGACCUUUCAAAGUGUUCGCUGCCAAAGCGCACACCACACAUGCCACUUGACGUGUAUCAGCUAGCCUCAAGUUGUAUUGUAGCAGCUAGGACUAUACAUUGCAAGUACGUAGUGCAGGUGGAACCCAGUUUACGAUGUAGUUAGACAAGUGCUGCUUGACAUUGUCUUGGCAUUUGGAUCAUUUUACAUGUCACGGUUUGCGGGCAUAUUUCGGACAACACAGCGUUAGUUAGUAA